UCGACAUCGUAUGCGUAUCGCGCUGAUCGCGCAUAGGGAAAAUAAAUUAACUUUGAGACGACGUCGAUCGCGGGCGAGUUGUGGGCGUUCGUCGAUGAUCGCGAUCGCGGUCACGACGGGAAAGAAUUGCACUUGAUCUCGUUCGCGAAGGCGAAGGGACCAUUUUCAGCGAGUGCCAUUUUACGUCAGUGAGGAGAAGAGAGGAGUGUGUCCCUCUUGAAGUGGAGGUGUUUUGACUUGUCCAAGGGGUCCAAGAACCGGUGUAUCGUAAGAGAAGAAAUCUUCACUCGAGAUGUUCAGCAAUUCUUCUCAAUUCUUCCUCAAGAUAAUAGCCAAGAUAGACCAUUUGUGAAUACCGUGCCACGGAGACGAGAGUUCUCAAAACAACAAAUUUUGCUUAAAACAGGUAGACAGACAAAUAGUUGAGGACUGCGACGACGCCUAGAGGUUAGGUCGACGUUUCUCAGGGCAGCAGGAAGGUGAGAGGGGGGUGUUAGGAAUGACCGUAGCGCGAAGCGAAGUCUCGCCGAAAAGGAGACCCACGUAGUGUCUCUGAUCGUUUUGUCAUAACCGCCUUUCUCACCGUGUCGCGACGUUCACCCGCGAAGCACUGGUGACGGACGACGUGAGAAGCAUGUUCAAGCCGUUCGUGUUCACCCGGCACAAGGCGAACGGGCCGGAGCAGCCAAAGGCGCGCAGCGGUCAUCGGAUCGCGUGCGACCAUCGGAACCUCUACUCGUACGGCGGUUUCAAUCCGUGCGUGGCCGACACUGACCCGGACAUGCGCGACGAUCAGACAUGGGUUGCCAGCAAGCCGCUGUUCAAGGAGCUGUGGCGUUUCAACCUGGUCAGUGAGCGCUGGAAGCGGCUGCCCGGCCAGGAGAAUAUGCCGAACGAGUUGGCAUCGAACGCGGUGAUACUGCGCGGUAAUGCGCUUAUGGUGUACGGUGGCACCGGCGUGCCCUUUGGAGAGAGCUGCAGCAAUCAGCUCUAUGUCUGCAACGUGGACGACGGCACAAUGAAGAUUGUGCCGGCUACAGGCGAGCUGCCUGAACCCCAGUAUGGACAGGCACUGGUAUGCCAUGGUUCCUAUCUCUAUACAGUCGGUGGCACUACUGGUUAUGAAUAUACCUGUGACAUUCAUCGAUUUGACCUGAAAAGAGGCAUUUGGGAGGAGGUGUACAUUUGCUCAGGCCGGGAUGAGUCGGAACCACAUGGAAGAUAUAGGCAUGAACUUGCUUUUGAUGGCAAGAUGAUCUACGUCCUGGGUGGUGGCACCUCAUCGGAAUCCUUUGGCUUCUCGGAAAUACCAGCAUUUGAUUUGAAGAACAACAGUUGGAGGACUUUGACCACGCAAGGCGAUACUGAAGAGGCUAUGGUACCAGCACCACGACGUUGCCACGGUUCUGUUCAGUAUACGGACGAGAAAACGGGAGUCACCUCGGUCGUCAUUUCUGGCGGUUACAAUGGCGACUGGGUGUUCUCUGAUGUUUGGCGACUUAAUCUCGGUACGCUACAGUGGACGUGCCUGAGACAGUGCAUUCUACCAUGUCCAGUGUACUUCCACUCAGCUGCGCUGACUCCACAGGGUCGCAUGUACAUAUUCGGCGGUAUAAUUAAAGUGAACAACAAGGUGCAGAGAACAAACGCGGUUCAUUCCGCUUGGCUGGUAAUUCCUAAAUUGUCCGAAAUCUGCUGGCAAGUGUUAAACUAUUAUUAUCCAAGCUUGAAGAACAGUUCACCAGAUGAGUUGAUUCACAUGGGGAUACCAUUAAAAUUCGUACGGAGACUUGAUUUCUACGACAGAUGAAGGAAAAAUUUUCUCGAUUCUGUCAAAUUUUUUUAUCAAAGAUUUUUUGCGCUGUAUGCACUUUAAAGUGUUUGAUUACACUUCGAUCAAUCAAUACUUGAUGUUUUGAUAGAUUAACUUUCAACGCGGUUUUUUUACUCUGUUAUGUAAUAAUUGUAAUAUUAAAGUACUCUCACAAUCGUUAAUUUUAUUACAUUUAUGACUUAAUAACGCCAGCUAUUUGCAAUAUAAGAUUUUUUUUCUUUUUCGAAUUUAUGAUUAGAACCAAUAAUUAAUAUUAAAUUACUUUACACACUAUUUCCCUAAUAGCAAUUGGCGGAUCUCUGUCUAAAAAGUGUACAAAUAUAAUGAAAAUGGUUAAAAAGAUUAAUAUGUAAAGAGUUACGAAUCUAAGAAUAUUAUUAAUUAAAUUUAAUGUUAUUUAUAGUAUAGUCUUUCUCUCUCUAAUAUUGUAUAUGAUAUACAUAAUAUUAUACAUUAUAUACAUAUUUAUUUAUAUUUAUUUAAGAAUGUUAAAAUUGGUAGAAAUCGUCGAUUCAUUGCGCGACAAUGAGAUGUUUCUGAAUAUUUAAAUUACGUUGAACUUUAAUAAUAGAGUGAUAUUACUAACUGGUGUAUUUUGUCUCAAAGAGGUUGAAUGUAUAUUUGUCCGCAGUGCCUAUUACUUAAAACAAUGCUCACAAAAAAUUGCUCGUUUGAUAAAUCAAAAACCUUAAGGUUGGGCUGUAGCAUAAAAAAUGUUAUUCUUCAUAUAUUUUAAAGAGAAACAUGUUUCCGAAUUUCAAAAUUCUAGUGCAAAAUUUUUAUUUAAUCUGCUUACUUUCUUUUUAUUUUGUUUUUUUUUUCUUGAAUUAUUUCAGUUUUAUUUUAAAUAUAAUAAAUGUCACUCCAUAUAUCGUCUGUUAAUAUACUAUCUCUUUAUAUGUCUUCUUCAUUACUCGCACUUAGAAAUAAAUUUCAUGGACGAAUGACCCUCUAAUUGUUUUGAGCAUUGUAUUACGCACCGUAAUAAUUACGCAAUAGAAUCUCGGUGCUGUUUACUUAAGACAUAUUACCUGUGCAUUAGUUGAUAUUUAAUAAUAGAAAGAAGAAAGAGAGAAGUUGUAAAUAAAAAAGGAGAAGAGGAAUAUAGAGAAGUCAAAACUUGUAAUUUUGCAAUUUUAUUUCAUAAAUUUACAUUGCGAAGAAAAUAUUCCCUAAAUUUGGUAACAGAGGUAUUGUCAAAAAAUUUAAAAAAGUUGCAACGUAAGUGACAAAGAUUAAGUUAGUUUAGAAAAGAAAUAAAAAUAAUCCUUUAGUGUCUCUGUAUCAUUCUUUAAGUUUUCAAAUUACUGAUAUUUGAUCAGAAUAAAAAUCUUUUCUCUAAAACAAAAUCAAUGUAACUUUCUCGUCGAUUGUAUUAUAUGUAUAUUAUCAUGUUAUUUAAGAGAAUAAAAUAAAAAGAUAUAUAUACAUAUAUAUAUAUUUAAAAGAAUUAUAUGAGAGAUUAAUUUAAAUGUGUGUAAUAUCUUAGUAUUUUCACGACGUAAAUUUUAGCGAAUCAAAGAAAAAGGGAGGAAAGAAAUCUGUAAACAGGCGUCUUACAUAUCUUUUAAAUCUAUUUUACACUUUCGUAUAUUGCUGGAGAGGACAAAAUAGGGAAAACUCAACAGAGCGUACUAUCUAUACCAAGAACAUUAUUUUUAUUGCGGUUGCGCGAACGAAGGCGAUAAAGAGACUCUCGGCGCUUUUUUUUCCGUCGAGGUAUUUUCCAAAGUUUAAACGGCCGCGACGUGGGGGUGUGCGGUGAAAUAUAUAAGACGACGCACGUUACGAGUAAAUCUUCCGCGAUUUGCGAGAAGAAAAAUAUUGCUAUUUCUCGGGAAAUAAUUUCGGUGAGUCCUCGCAUCGAGAAAGAGCGCAACCGUGACUAAACAGAAUCUUAAUUUUUGUAGACUUUCCUGAUCAUGGUAUUUUCCAAUCUAUAUUUCCAUAUAGAUUUCAAAUAAAUGAUAAUUACUUAUCAAUAAAAAUAUUUUGGAAUGUUUAGAAACAAUAAUUGCUCGGAGUUUUUAUUAAAAUGUAAGUAAAACAGUUAUUACGAAACAUUGUAAGGAAAAAGAUUAUUAUAAGUUUAAUUAUUAAUAUUAUGAAAUUACAAAUAAAUCGAUUACUGUUGUGAGUUAUGAUGAUAAUUAGUAUCGUGCAUUCCGUCUUGUUUAAAAUUGAUCUCUUCAAGAAGUUUUCAAGCUCUCCAAAUAAUAUCUCUCAAAGUUAAACGGAUAUCUGGAUAUUUAUUUAUCACAAUCUUAAAAAAAAUAAUUUUCUAAUUCUAUUAUUUUUGUUCUAAUUAUUAUCUCAUUAUUUUCGUUUAACUUUCAAUAACUUCAGUCUGUUCAAAUCUUUCAAUGCUUAUCGAAUACUCAGUCUGUAAAUGAUAUUCGCUGUUUAAUAAUUUCAAUUUGUUUUGCUAGGACAAAUAUGAGUUAUUGUUUCUGGAAGGCAAAAAGCUGACUUGACUCCAGAGAAGAACUCCACUAACGAAGAACUGGGUUUGGUUUUAGCCUUUGGUGACCAAAGUUUGGUCUUUCGGCAGCGACAGUUACUUGAAUUUGGCGCGGAAGUCCCGCCGUCGUUUCCGCUUCCGGUGGUGUGGUGCUUGUCAGCGUCGUCGCUUCCGGCUCCGGUGGAGCGCGCGUGACUUCGGGCUGUACGGUGACCAGUCACCACAGAGCCAGCUGCGCAACUCACUUCAGACGCUUCCGAGCCAUCGGACGAGGCGGACGUGGUGGGUGCGCGUUUAUUGUUGCGCCGGAGCAAGUCAAGUGUCUCGCGGUGCCGCGUUUCUUUUACCUCCAUCCACCCCUUGGCAUCAGCGAAAAGGAUCGUGUACACCGCAUCGCGGCGAGAGAAAGAGGGAGAGAGAGAGAGAGAGGACUCGCCGUUUAGCUUCCGUCAAUCGUCGGUAUUCCCAUGCGUCGGCCGAGCACGCGGUCGAGCACGCGCCGACCCGAGAUGCGCCACCAGGUAUUCAUGUAGUACCGACCACCGCCGCCUUCGAGCGUCGCACACCCGCCACCCUUGGUGAGGAGGAAACAACUACCCCGGUGCCCACCCCCUCUCCCCCCGAGGAAACCUCAUCGUCGAACAGCAAGGGGGGUGAGAAGGUGAAGGAGGAGCAGAGGUAGAGCAGAGGAGCGGAGCAGAGGAAACGGUCCCGGACGCGGAAGUGGAGGAAUCGCCUCGCGACGACGAUGGAGCAGAAACGCGUGUACAAGUUAGUGCUGACCGGAGGGCCAUGCGGCGGCAAGACGACCGGGCAGAGCAGGCUGUGUACCUUUUUUGAGAACAUGGGCUGGAAGGUAGGUAGAACUCCUUCGAGCUUUUCGAAAGCAAAGAGUUUCCGCGGGAGCGAACGAAAGAGAGACGGAGAAAGAGAGAGAAAAAAAAACGGAGAUUCUUCGUUUCGCGAGUCUUUAUUCCCCUAACUGACUUCUUGCUUUUCUCUCCGAGCGACGCGCUCGCUCGAUUCCGCUCGUUAGAUUCGAUUCAACAGAAAGCCGUACGGUACCACCGGGUUGUUAUUUCGUUAUCGACGACAUAGCCGCGCAAAGGCGGAUGAUUAUUGUUCUACAUAGAUAUCAUUCUAUCUGCCGUGUCUCGCGGAAAUCGCUCGACUGUCGCGUGCCGUACGACAUAAUUCUAGUCAAGGAUAAAACGCAUUACGACAUUAUAAUGUAGCUUUUCUUUCCUUCCGUAGCUGGCCUCCCUUCGGGGGCUGAGAAUCUACCUUAAAGCCGCAAAGUCGUAAUUGCGUGUAGAGGUUGAAUCUGAAAUAUUAGCUCGAGCUGCGCGGGACGUAUACUUUAUCGAUCCAUUUAAAUGUCGAGUCUUUCUUAAGGGAAAGGAAACACUGUGA